AGUGUGAGAAUUUAGGAGUUUAAAUGGGAAAUACCUGUGCCAAAUCAGCGGAGGAAGCCGAAAAUGAUGAGAAAAAACAUGAUGGCGAUGGCAAUGAAGGUGAAACUAAAGAUCAGGAUCAGGCUGAAAGUAAAGAAUCCGACAUGGUUCAAAAACAACCUCCGGAAGAAAUGAAGAUGGAACAACGAUCGAGAUCCAUUGAAACAACCCAAAGGCAACAAUCGAAAGCCAGUGAAGCAAUACAAAGACAGCAAUCGAAUGUCCAUGAAACAACACAAAGACAACAAUCGAAAUCUCACCCGAAAAGACUUAACUCCAGGCCAUCUCAACUUGCAGCAUUUAAUGAGAGUAAAACUGAGGGUCGGAAAACCAGAAAGGCUCAUAAUGUGAAGAGGCAAUCAUGUGCAGGGCUGAAGGUUGAUUCAGUUUUGCAAACCAAAACAGGCCAUUUGAAAGAAUACUACAGCUUGGGGAGGAAGUUGGGUCAAGGACAGUUCGGAACAACUUUCCUUUGCCUCGAGAAAGGUACCAGGAAACAAUUUGCUUGUAAAUCGAUUGCAAAAAGGAAGCUUACGACUCUUGAUGAUGUCGAUGAUGUGAGGAGAGAAAUUCAGAUAAUGCAUCACUUGUCAGGGCACCCUAAUGUUAUAUCCAUCAAAGGGUCUUAUGAGGAUUCCUUGGCGGUUCAUGUUGUGAUGGAGUUGUGUGCAGGGGGUGAACUCUUUGAUAGGAUUGUAAAGAGAGGGCAUUAUAGUGAAAGAAAGGCAGCUGAGCUAGCAAGGAUUGUUGUUUCUGUCGUUGAAGCUUGCCAUGCCAUGGGAGUAAUGCACAGGGAUCUCAAGCCUGAAAAUUUCCUUUUUGUGAAUGAACAGGAGGAUUCACCUCUUAAAGCCAUCGAUUUCGGAUUAUCGAUAUUCUUCAAGCCUGGGGACAUCUUAACUGAUGUUGUCGGAAGCCCGUAUUAUGUCGCACCCGAGGUAUUGCAAAAGCAUUAUGGUCCGGAAGCGGAUGUGUGGAGCGCUGGGGUAAUCACUUACAUUCUCUUAAGUGGGGUGCCUCCAUUUUGGGGUGAAACUGAACAAGAAAUAUUUAAUGAGGUUUUGAAUGGUGAGCUUGACUUCUCAUCUGAUCCCUGGCCUAAUAUCUCUGAAAGUGCUAAAGAAUUAGUGAGGAGAAUGCUCGACAGAGACACAAAGAGGCGGAUAACAGCUCACGAAGUACUACGCCACCCUUGGGUUCAAGUUGAUGGGGUGGCACCAGACAAGCCACUUGAUUCUGUUGUCUUAAGCCGCCUGAAGCAAUUUUCUGCAAUGGAUAAGCUCAAGAAAAUGGCCGUAAGAGUCAUUGCCCAAAGACUUUCGGAAGAAGAAAUAGCUGGGUUGAAAGAAAUGUUCAAGAUGAUCGACACUGAUGGUAGCGGUCAAAUCACCUAUGAUGAACUCAAAAAUGGAUUGAAAAGAUUUGGUGCUAAUCUUGCAGAAUCCGAGUUCCGUGCUCUAAUGCAGGCCGCAGACAUUAAUAACAGUGGUACAAUUGAUUACGAAGAGUUUGUAGCUGCAACAUUGCAUCUAAACAAGAUUGAGAGGGAAGACAAUCUAUUAGCAGCCUUCUCGUAUUUCGACAGAGAUGGCAGUGGCUGCAUCACUCCGGAAGAGCUUCAAAAAGCUUGUCAAGAGUUCGGUAUCAAAGAGCUCCGCCUCGAUGAAAUCAUGAAAGAAGUCGAUGCAGACAGUGAUGGUCGGAUUGAUUACAAUGAAUUUGUAGCCAUGAUGCUUCCUAAAGUUGGUAAGAAAGGUACAUAAUAGAUAUUUUGGCAAAAGAUAUAUAUAGUAUUUUCCUAG